AUGAUGGACUAUUCCUAUCUGAACCAGGCUGCCCAGGCGGCGUUCGACGCCAACUGCGGAGGCCUGGACCACCAGCUGCCCUGUGCGCCAUAUUCAACAGACAUAAAUGCUAGUUACGGUGUAUCUAGUCCUGCCAACGCAAUGCCCCGCUACACUCCCUCCGCGCGUGGUUUCUCCGCUUCUCCGCCUGUAAAUUCCGCCGUUGCCAAUCCCGCUGCGGGCAUUUUCCCGAGCAAACGUCAAGACAGCCCCAUUCCGUCUCAAGGCACCUCUUCGCCGUCACCGAACGCGACGGCUCCCCACGUUUUUUCCUCGGGAGUCGGGCUCCAAGGUGGAGCCCGAGGAGUGUUCCCGUUUCCUGUUGGCGCAACCGAUGCUGACGUUUGGCCUCGCACCGACCGCUUAUCAGAUUGGAGUCCGGACAGAGAUCGUUCCGGGCGACAAGUUUCAUGGUUCGGUCAAGCCGCAGCCGCGACCGCCGCUCUCCCAUACAAAGUCUAUUCGUCCCCAACGCCGCACACUGAGGGCGUCCUCAGCGAAAAACGGAAACAGCGACGGAUUCGGACAACGUUUACCUCGGCGCAGUUGCGAGAACUUGAACGGGCUUUCCAGGAGACGCACUACCCCGAUAUUUACACGAGGGAGGAGAUCGCAAUGAAAACCGACCUCACAGAAGCACGGGUCCAGGUGUGGUUUCAAAACCGACGCGCAAAGUUCCGCAAGCAGGAACGCUUGAAUCAACAGAGGAGCAGCUCUGAUGGAAUGCCACCAUCACCAAUUUCGACUACAGCCGAUUCCACGACAAACAACAAUUGUCAGGGGCUCAAAGACUGCAAGGAAAAAUCAAGAGAGAUGCAGCAUUCGCCAGAUUCCAAAUCAAUCCAUAAUGGAGGAAAGUUAGGCGCUGAGAGCCCCUGCGGAAGUCUUUCUGGAAGCAAGUGGAAUUGUGGGGGAAGCCCGUCUCCGUACUCGACCUACAUGAGCGCCCAGACACCCAACUCCGUAGAUACCAAACCAAAUCUCAGCUCAUCGCAAAUAUUCUAG